UUUUGGUAUGAAUAUUACACUUUUAAAAUCUAUCGUGACAAUUUUAUAAUUUUUUUUCUUUUUAACAUAAUGAUUUUAGUUACGAAAAUAGCAUAACUUAUAAGAUGGCGAUCAUUUGUUCAGUGUCUUUAAUAUUUUUCAGUUUGUUCAGUUCAGCCUUUUUUUGUCUACUUGUUGUUAGAUUUCUAUGAUACAACUUGAAGCACUACCAAAGGUACAACGAAAUCAUCUUCAAUGGGAUGAAAGUAUUUUGAACAAAAUUAAAUGUAGUGUUGAUGGUUUAUAUGAGUUAAAAAAUAAAUUUUUAAAUGAAUGGGCUGAUAAAUUUGGUAUAUUAGACGAUUCAGCAAGCGAAGUUUGGAUGAAACCUGAUAAUAUUCAUUCAAUGAUUAUGGAGUCUUGUGAAUUGAAUAAAAACAAGAAUGAGAUAACACAAUCAAAAUUUGAAGACACAAUAUCCAUAUUCAAAGAAUAUGAGUCAGUUUUUAUGUAUGCACCUGUACUAGACAAGGCGGAAUUCUGUUAUCAGUAUGGUAAAGCUUUCAAUGCGAUUGAUUCAGAUUUGUAUGCUGGUAACAUUAGUAGUCUUCAUGAUAUGACUGGUGAUGAUGAUAAUGAUACUGUCAAUGAUUUCACGAGUCCAGCAGUUCAGUGGUUAACUAAAGCGUUAAAAUUUAAUCCACAACAUUUAGAAGCAUGGUGUGAAUUAGGUGACUCAUGUUGGCGACAAGGUGAUCCUUGCCGAGCUGCAGAUCAUUUUCGACAAGCAUUAAAAAUAAAUCCAAAAUAUGUAAAGGCACUUUGUAAUUUGUCAAUGGUAUUACGUCAGCCACCUAAUACUACUACUAAUAUUAGUGAGAAUAUUGAUAAUAUAUCAUCAUAUGAAUCUGAUAAAACUAAAUCUCUCUCCUCCUCACCAUCAUCGUCGGAUACGCCGAUGAAAUGCUCUAUUUUUCAUCAAUCUGUUGAUUUAGCUCAUCAAGCAGUUAGUCAACAGCCUACAAAUGGUUAUGCAUGGUCUAUACUAGGCAAUGCAUUACUAACUUUAUUUUUUAAAAGUUUUAGUUCAACUAUUACACCAACCACUGUUUCAUCAUAUGACAAAAAUUCAUCAAUCAAUAAAUCUACACUGAUCUCAUCAUCACCACAACUUAUUAUGACACGAUGUAUUGCUGCAUACGCACAAGCUGUCAAAGAUCGUUCAAUUGCAUUAGAGCCGAACUUUCAUUAUAAUCGUGGUUUAGCUUGGCAUUAUCAGGAUUUAUUUGGACAAACAUUGAAAUGUUGGCUACAGGCUGUUUGUUUAGAUCCAGGCUGGCCUGCUCCACAAUAUGGUAUUAAACGUAUUAUUAAAUUUGUUAUGGAGUGGCAUAAAUUAAUGGAACAAUUCCACAAAAAACAAUCAAUUCAUAUUCACUCUACAGAAAUCAAAUCAGAUCAAACAGAAUUAUCAUCUAGCACAUUAAAGACAAGUUCCAUUAAUCACAAAUCAUCAGUUGAAAAACAACACCAACAAAUGAAUAAUGAAGAUGAGUUUAUUUCACCUCUUAGUCCGUUAAAGAAAUUGAUGGUGACAACUGUGCUUGAAAGUAGCAAUACAACGAAUACAGAUUCGUCUAGCAGUAAUAAUAAUAACAAUGAUGAUAAUAAUAACAGUAAUAGUGUUGUCCUCGACCAAUCAGAUAUAAGUCAAAACGUAUCAUCAUUGAAUCCCAAAGAGAUAUCAGCGUUAAAUCGUCUACUGGGACCUUAUUGUCCAUUUUCUGGCAAUGAUAAAAAUAAAUCUGGAUCAAAUUUCCAAACAAAAUGGAAUAAAAUUGGUAGUAAGAAGAAAAAACACUUGAAAGCUUCUAAAUAUAGUAGUAAAAACAAUAAUAAUAACGACACGUUAACCGAUUCAUCAAGUACUAAUGACAGUCGGUCAAAUUCAUUGGCUAAUUCACAUUGUUUGCAGUUUGCUCCAUUCAGUAAUUUACAAGUAGGAUUCAACAAGAACACUGUAUGCAUUGGACGUGUAUUUGCUGAAUUACCUAAUGAUUCUGAUUUAGCAUUAAAUUUACUUUUAAUCGAUCCAUAUGGUACCCCGUUUGCUGUACGAUUGUAUAAUGUUGGAAAAGGUGUUGGACCAACUCGGAAAGACAUCAUUGCUAUACCUCACCCGUUUGUUGAAGAAAUUUUAAUUGAAGGCUUCGUAUUACAUGCAUGUCUAAAUGCAUUGUCAAUUUUAGACAAUCAAUAUCUAUGUGAUAUGAUAGAGAAGUUUUCAUACCUUCGUACAUCUACGGCGUCGACUACUACUACAACCACUACUACUGACAACGAAUUAAGUAGUAGUGGUGGUAGCAAUGUUAACUGUACAAAGUCUGAAUCGAAUGCUCAAUUUUCUAAUGAACCUACUAUUAAUCUUCCAAAUCAAUUAAUGAAUCUUCAUAUGCGCAUCAUACGUGUUCCAUUGCCAAAUUUUCUUGUAGUUAAUGGUCAAACAGUUGGAUCUAGUUGGACGGCUGCACCCCAAUCCCAAGAAGAAUUAAAUUUAGAUCAAUUAAUUGAAGUUCUUAGUUAUGAUAAAAAAGAUUUACCAAUUGAAUUAACUGAAAAAACGAUUGCCAAUAAUCAACGUCAAGUUGGUAGUAGUAGAGCUAAAAUUUUAAUGCGUGGAGUUACUGAACAACAAUUAUUAGAUCUUGCUCAUUCAGCACGAGCAUUAUUUAUGAGUGAACCAGUUCUUGUGCAUAUUACUUCACCAUUAAUUAUUGUUGGUGAUUUACAUGGACAGCAUACUGAUUUAUUACAAUAUUUUAAACGAUGUGGUAAACCACCAGAUCAAAAAUAUUUAUUUCUUGGCGAUUAUGUUGACCGUGGUAGACAAUCAUUGGAAACAAUUUCGCUUAUUUUGGCUUAUAAAUUAAAAUAUCCUGAUAAAUUAGCUGUUUUACGAGGAAAUCAUGAAUGUAGUCGUAUAAACCGUAUCUACGGUUUCUAUGAUGAAUGUAAACGUCGUUAUUCAACAAAAUUAUGGAAAGUAUUCACUGAUUGUUUUAAUUGUCUUCCUUUAGCCGCACUAGUUGACAAUAGUAUGUUUUGUGCACAUGGAGGAUUAUCACCAGAUUUAAAGAAAUUAGAACAGUUGAAUGAAAUACGACGUCCAACUGAAGUACCAGAUAUGGGUAUUAUUUGUGAUUUAUUAUGGUCAGAUCCUGAUGGAUCAUAUGCUGGUUGGAAAGAAAAUGAACGUGGUGUUUCUUAUACAUUCGGUGAAGAUGCUUUACUUCGUUUCAUGAAUGAUUGUAACGUUAAGUUAGUGGUUAGAGCACAUCAAGUUGUUGAAGAUGGUUAUGAAUUUUUUGCUGAUAAAAAGGUUGUAACCGUAUUCAGUGCAGCAAAUUAUUGUGGUGAAUUUGAUAAUGCUGGUGCAGUUAUGCAAAUUAAUGAAGAUUCAGUUUGUUCAUUUGUGAUUUUAAAACCAUAUAUAACUAAAAAGAAAUCGACCUUGGAAGAAUCGGAAUCUACCGGAGACCUUGAAAAGAAAGAAGACUCCAAGGUAAAAGAACAAGAGGAGAUGACAGAAUCAGUAACCAACAUACAGAAAUCAAAGUAA